AUGCGCGGAGCUCGCGGAGCUCGCGUUCUGACUCCCGCAGUCAGGUCCGCCCUCGGCAGCCGAUUCUCCGCGCACUGUCGGGGCUUUGCGAGCGGCGCGUCGCUCGGGAGAGCCUUGCCAGUCUCGUCUCCACGCUUUGAGCCGCUGGACGCAGACAAGAGUGGCAACUGGGGCAACAACCAGCGGGGUUUGGGGCACAACAACUACCUUGCAAAGAUUCUGAACGCGAGGGUGUACGAGGCCGCGGACGAGACACCUCUGCAGCGCGCGCCGGCCCUCUCGGCCAAGACGCGCAACCACGUGCACCUCAAGCGCGAGGACCUGCAGCCGGUACGAUCGUUCAAGAUCCGCGGCGCGUACAACAAGGUCGCACAGCUGUCGCACGAGCAGCGCUCCUGCGGCAUCGUCGCCUGCUCAGCGGGCAACCACGCGCAGGGCGUCGCAUUCUCCGCCAUCAAGCUCGGGAUUGACGCGGUGAUUGUGAUGCCGACGGGAACGCCGUCGAUCAAGGUGGACGGCGUGCGCAAGCUGGGCGGGCGGGUGGUGCUGCACGGCGACACGUACGACGAGGCGGCGGCCGAGGCGGCGCGCCUCGUCGAGGUCGAGGGACGGACGCUCAUCCACCCAUUCGACGACCCGCUCGUGAUAGCCGGCCAGGGGACCAUCGGGAUGGAGAUUCUCAAGCAGUGCACCGGCAAGCCCCUCCACGCCAUCUUUGUCUGCUGCGGCGGCGGAGGCAUGCUGGCUGGCGUUGCCGCCUAUGUCAAGCGCGUGAUCGGGGUCGAGGCGGAGGACGCCGCCGGCAUGACCGCCUCGCUGCGGUCGGGGCAGCUGCAGGAGCGCGAGCUGGAGCACGUCGGCCUCUUCGCGGACGGCGCGUCGUCCCUAGACGCGACGCGGCGCCCAGAUCUGUUGUGCGCCGCAGUCAAGCGCGUGGGCGAGGAGACGUUUCGCAUCUGCAACCACCUCGAUGGCUCCAUCGACACGCAGUCGACCGAUCCAAACAGCGGGCGCUCUAUCCUCGAGCCAGCCGGCGCCCUCGCCAUCGCCGGCGUCAAGCAGUGGGCCGCGGCCGCAAACACGCGCGACCAGACCUACGUCGCGAUCACCUCGGGCGCAAACAUGAACUUUGACUCGCUGCGCUUCGUCUCGGAGCGCGCCGACGCGUCCGAGACGCUCCUGUCGGCGCCUUCCGGCAGCUCAUCGGCCGUCUCGAGCCACGCAACGCACGCGGGGCCCGGCGCCGACGCGGCGCACAUCUACAUCUCUUUCCAGGCGGCCGGCGCCGAGGACAACGCGUCCGUGAUCGCCGCGCUGCGCGCAGACGGGUGCGAGACGCUCGACCUAACAGCGAACGAGCUUGCAAAGGACCACGCCCGCCACCUCGCGGGAGGGCGCGUCACGAUCGAACACGAGCGGCUCUACCGCUUCGAGUUUCCGGAGCGGCCGGGCGCGCUCAGCCGCUUCCUCGACGCCCUCAACGGCGGCUGGAACGUCUCCCUCUUCCACUACAGAAACCACGGCGGCGACGUCGGCCGGGUGCUGGCCGCGCUGCAGGUGCCUGAGGCGGACUCCGACGCCUUUGACACCUUCCUUACCGAGCUCGAGUACCCCUACGUGCGCGAGUGCGGCAACGUCGCGUACAAGCGCUUCCUCCAGGCGAGCUAGCAGGCGGUGGGCUGCGCGCGCCGCGCAGGCACUCCUGUUCUACGCGCCACCGCCACCGCCCGCCGCCGCCCCGCGCGGCCUAACAACCCUCCCCGCGCGAUGCAUGCGCACCCCGCCUCCCGAGUCCCGUGGCCGCCGGCAUGCAUGUUAUUCGAGUCUCAUUUUUGCCAUGUACUGAGACGACAGACGUAUGAGAUCUACAAUAUGAAAUACGUACAGAGCUA